AGUCUUUGCACCUCUUCUUCUUCUUCACCUCCGGCUGCAGCACCUCGGUUUGUCUCUGGUCUCUGUUAAAAAACAUGAAGGUUGAUUUUGCACCUCUGCAUACCCCGUUCCACAGGAGGCUGCAGACAGCCGCUGUGCUGCAGUGGGUCUACUCCUUCCUGGCCCUUGGUAAGUUUAAACGUCUUUAUUCAAAUCAGGUUAAUACUCUAACAAAUUCAAAGCAUGAAUCGUAACACACCUGCAGAUAUUCUUUCAGAUUUUUUCACAGUAUGUUUUAAAAGUUCGUGGCCUUGACUUGUUAUGCAAGUGAAACAAGAGUUUUUUUGAAAAGUGACAUAACUGUUGAGCAGCCCAAAGAGGGAGCCAAACAGACCUGGUCUGAGCAGAGAGCUCUCUUUCACUCCUUGUUUUUGCUCUUAAAGCUCCUGUGAAGAACUUGGGGUUUGUAUUAAAUCUGUCUCCCCCUGUGGUUGACGUAGUCUUUGUUACCUUGUGCUCUACUUACUAAAGUUGCAUUUCUUGACUACAAUCCCAUCCUGCAGACUUUUGACAGUCAAAUGUUUUAUUUAUUGUAGAUAAUUGUAAUGGAAAUUGCAAAACCAGGGCUGUUUCUUCAUUUCACACUUAAAUAUAAAUAUAGAUAUUGUUGGCACAUUGUUGACUCAUUUUUUUAGUAAAUAUUGCUUCCCUCUAUUUAAAAAAAGUGGCUGCAGCUUUUAAUCUUUUGUCCAACAUUAUCUUUUUUUUUUUAACCAUUGUGCUUCCUUGUUAGUGACAUUUUAUAACCUCUUAACAGCAGCAGGUUGUUUUCAGGUGCUACAGCUGAUUGUGGCCAGAGGUCAGAGUUGAUCAGAGUUGGUAGGUCAUGUUGAGGGCAAAUGAAGCAAUGCCUCAGGAUAGCCAGUUAAGGCAGGAAACACCAGCUGCACUGAUUCCACAUUUUACAUCUGAUAAAUGCAUCCUUCCAGUUUAAGAGUCAAUUCACUCUGCAAGAUUUUUAGUCUCUUCUGUUCUAUUAUUGCAUCUGCUACUUUAAACUCUCUGCAUUAGUGCUUCUCUAGCAGAAACCUGCAGGCUUCAAGUGGAGGUUUGACAUUCCCAUGACUGACUUUCUGAAAGUUGUGCAUGAAACAUAAAUCUGCAAGAAGUGUCAUGGUCAGAGUCUAGAUGCCAAACACAAACAACAUUCUGAUGUUGUGGCAAGAGGGCCAAUGCAAAUGCAAAUAACCAAAGUUUGUCAUAUUUUUUUUUUUUUCGCAUUUUGCAGAUUAGAUUGUGAUGUAUAAAAAGGUUUUCCCUCUUAUUUUGUUUUUCUUACCCCAUUUUUCCUGUUUUCCAUCUCCCCUCACACCUCUUGCUAAUUUCCUUUCUGCAAAAAGCUCCAAGAUGUUGAACAUAUUUUUUACAUACAACUGUUGAGAUGUGUUGCAAUAUUUAGGAAUGACAAACAGACAGAUGUCCACUGGUGUCCAACUCAAACCAACCUUUUUGCCACAUUUGGCAUAAUUUUUACAUUUUAAUCUUACCUCUGGUGUUUCCUCAUUAUGAUCUGAUGAUAGCGUUUCCUAACCUCCUCAGGUCAUUCUGUGCUGUUUAAAUUAUAUUUAUUUAGUUAUUUGUAAAAUGUGCAACUAUAAAUAUCUAUAUGUACAUGUAUUGGUGUGUGUAUGAAUAUGUGUGUAUGUAUUGUAUGCAUGUGCGUGUGUGUAUGUUUGAUUAUGUUUAUCAACUUUAACGUAUUUCUUUUUUUAACACUUUAAUGAUUCAGGUUUUUUUUUAAAUGAUUUUAAUGAUUUUCUUUGUGCUACAUCUUAAUGUAUGGAAAGUGCUUUACAAAUAAAGUCUGAUUGAUCGAUUGAUUGAUUUGGCUGCCUCAAAAGAGAGGUACUAGGUCUCUCCAUAAUCUUACAUUACAUUUACAUUAUACCUCUAAACCAUUUUUGUUUGGUUGAUUUACAGGAAAAUGUUCCUGAAGCAGGAAUCAACAAUAGAGGCUAUAGAUUCAUGUUAUCCAUCAUUGUUUUCUGAUUCAACAGGGGUGUGAAUAUGCUGUGAGAUUGAGGUCAACAUCCUUCUCCAAACCUUCAUUUAACAUUUCAGUAGAAGUGCAUCUUAACAGACUGAUAUCCUCUGUUGAAUGAUUCUCUCAGCAUCCAGGUGUCCUGCUCUCCUUGUGCUUGCACUGCAAAAUUGUUUAUAUCUUGGAGAAAAAAAAGGAGCGCUGCUUGAUCGAGCACCACCUUUUUUUUAAAGCAUUUUUACUGACUGUGGAGUUCAGGGGCGAAAGUUUGGCAGCUGAACAAUGCUGACUGUGUGCAAACAUAGAGAAAGCGUAAGACUUGAGCUUAAAAUAAAAAAGAAAACUGCUGCAUAAUGGUUAAUUAUGAAAGUACAUUGACUUCAAGAAGCUGUGUGUCCUACAGCAUGACUCCUCUUUCACAAACCACUGGAGCCAAAGCUUAUGUCAUCACCAGCAGACCUGAUGCUUACUGUGACAUUUGUUUAACAGCUGCUUUUAGACAAACACAUGACUAUCUAGUAACCAUCUAUAUCCUGGGUGUUAAUUUGGUUAUAUAACCAGAGAAAGGUUUUACUGUAUUGACUAACACAAGGGCUUACACCUCAGGGAGUGAAAUUAUCCCCACAAAACAGCUAGAAACCCUGAAUAACCCACACAGAGCAGAGUUUGAAGGGGAUGUUGCCAUCCAGGGAAAAACAGGACAUCUUUAGACUUCUAGGAAGUGCUAACAUUAUGUCAUUUACUUACUUAAUUUUACUUUGACUCUGAAUCACUUUAUCCAUGUUAAAUCUAACUUUCUGAUGCAUGAAAUGACACCAACACAGUAUUUAAGGUUUUUCUUUUAUUGUCAUGCAAAAAUAGGGAAAAUCACAAUCAGGUUAAAUUAAGAUAAUUCAAUUUGUCUCAGGUUUUUGAAAAUGAAAAUACAAAGUGCUCUAUGCCUACCAAAGCAUACAAUGUCUGGAUAGAUAUUAUCAAGUCCACUCCUCCAUCCUGCUGCAGCAAUUUACCUGUGUUUUCUGUCCUCAGCCCCCACCUGCAUCGUCCUCUUCUUCUACCUGCUCUUCACCCGUUUCUGGUUGAUCAGUGUGCUGUACUCCAUCUGGUGGUUCUUUGACUAUGACACUCCUGCACGAGGUGGCCGCAGGGUGCCCUACUUAUGUGGGCUCAAAGUCUGGGAAUACAUGCGGGAUUACUUCCCCAUCAAGGUGAGAGGGAGAGCUUGUGAUCUGUGUUGUGUGUGGCCAACAUUUCAAUCAGGAGAAGCUCUGUAAAAGCACUUUUACUGGCCUUUCAAUAGAGGGAGAUUUAUGUCUCUUAUUCAGUUCUGAAUCUCCUAUAGCCAUUUUCUCUGUCCUCUAAUCUUAAACUUCGCUCUCAAGCUUAAAAACUGAACCUUUAUGGAUUCAGAAAAUGUCUGGCAUAAGCAAGUGAGUCUGUGAGGGCUUCAGAUUGCAGAUCUAUUAAAUAGGACCACUUGUGAAUUCCUCUACUGCUCACCAAAGACAUAUACAGCUGCCUGAACUCUACAGGUUAUCCAGGUGAGCGAUGGCAUCCUCUGGUUUGUUAAGUGGGUGUCCUCCAUCUUCUUAACACCUCCAGGGGGAUCAGCAGUUAAUCCUGUCAUCCCAAUUUACCCCCUGGAUGCCAGAUAUAAAUUUCUGACAACCUGGUUAAAGUUGACACACCCUGCUUACUUAAUUGGCAUCUUCCUACAGUGUUUGCAUGUUUGAAUAUGAAUUAUGUGCAGUUUUCCUCUUGAACCAUCACUUUUUAUGUACAUUUACUUCUAACAACUAUGUAAAGAACAUGAAGUGGAGCUCUCAGCUUCUCCAACAACAGUGGAUACUUUGAUUUUAUUUAUUUACUUUUAGGAUCAAGGAUUUACCAUGAUGAUGAGCUAAGGGCAAAACUAAUCAAACCUGGAGGGAAACAGACAUUGCAACCACAUGGUUGGAGGUGACAUAGACAUUAAGACAUUAAGAGGAAUACUGGAUUUCUCCCAAAUGCUGACUUUUGAGUCGGUGGUCUGACGUUAACACCAUCGUCAAAACAAAACUGAGGGACCCACUCCUUUUGUGCCCCACUUUACAAAAGUGCCAUAGUAACCAGUCACACACACAGAAAUCUGAGCGCUUAAACACCCUGAGUUUGCCUUUACCAUGCUCACUUAUUUUUUCUUUCUUUUCUUUUUGUUAAAAGUAAACGUUCUGUCAUUCCACCUUUUUCAGUCCUGUCAAGUCAUCUACUGAUGAGUCAAAUUUUCUAUUCCUCAGUGUUAAUAUAUUGAAGUAUCUUCACAUAAUCAGUCAACAAAUGAAGUAUUAAAGUCUCACAGUAGCUGGUGAUGUACCACAAGUCUCUUAAAAUUAGGCAGCAUGAUUGGACAUGAAACUGUUUUAAGGACUGAGAGAGCCAAAAACAAAAACAGUCUGACAAGGACUGGGUUGCAAUUAUGUGUGACCAAUUAAACAACAACUGUCUGGGAGGACUGUCUCUCUCAGCUCCCCGUCUCCCUCUAGUGGUCACUCAAAGACUGUGUAUGUCAGUGAUCUCUGGUCAUCUCACCUGCCAUCUUUUGAUGAUGAAAAACAUGAACUUUUGCAGCUUUCUCUCCGAGUGUUAUACUUGAUAUGUUUGUAGUGUGACAUCUGCAACCAUGAAAAUACGUGAGGAAUAUCACGUCUGUAAAUUUCAUACAGAAGAAAAAAUCCACAACAAAACAGAGAGAACAUCUCACCUCCAGGCAGGAGUUAGACUUUGGACUGCUGAUAAAACAGAGAGUGAGGAAAACAAAAACACAAAAGCAAAAGAUUUCUCAAGAGAGCUCUGAGCAAAUAAUUCAGAUUUUUAUUCAUACGUUUGCAGAAUUACAGGAUAUCUAUUUUAUGGUAUAGAAUUAGUACCAGAAUGAUAGAGACAAAGGUACAAGAGGAAUUUUUUACUUUAACUUUAACUUUUAAGUAUCAGAUCAUAUACAGGAAGAUAAUCAGAAGGAGGAAUUUUCUUAAUCUCAACUUGAUUUAUUCUUUUUUUUUUUUUUUUCAAAAUGACCAGAGGAAACUUCCUCAUAGACAUUUUAUACAUGCUAAAAAUACUAAAGGCUUAAAAAGCUCUAAAAAAAUUUAACCUCUCUUUCAAAGGGUGAAAAAAACUUUUUAUUACUACACUUUUUAAAUUAAGAUAUAAAAAAAACUCCUGAAAUGACAAAAAUCUUUAUUUUAUGAAUGACCUUCAGACAUUUUUUCUCAACACUCUUAAUUUUAAACCUUAUUUCAAAAUAUGAGAUAAUAACACUAAUACUACUACUACUAAUAAUAGUUAUAAAGUUUCUCCUUUUGCCCUGAUACUCAUCAGUACUUCCUAAUGAUACAGGCUGUCCUGAAGUUUCUAUUUCUCUCCCACCAGACUCUGUGCAGAAAAAAAUUAGGUCAGGAUGUGCAGAGAAAAUUUUGAUUGACAUAUUCAGACUUAUUUGUACUUUUGAGUUUGAACUGUUUCUGUGUAUCACUGUACACAGAAAACUACACAAACAUUAUGCCUGCUUUUAAAACCAUGAAAUAUGACACAGAUAUUCAAAACAAAUCCAGUGAGAAUUUUUAACCCUCAGAUGAUGGUUGUUGAUGAAGAAAAAAGUGCUAUAAAACUUUAUCCAUUUCUGUUUUGUAACUGUCCAUAUGUCCAACAACAACAUAGAGUACAAAGGGAGAACGAGGAGGGGAUUACAUGAGCGAUAAAACCAGGGAUUAAAUGCCACAACAUGAUAUGAUAAGAUAAUUAUAGCAUAGUUGGUAAAGUAGAAGGCACAGUCAUAAAGACAAGAGUCUGAACACAUUUGCAGCAGAAGUUAUGAGAGAAUAUUAAAAAUAUAUAUACUGAACCUUCAAACAUGUCUGUCUCAAAAACAUGUUUACAGAUUAUGCAUGUCAAUGUGCUUGUAUGUGUGUGUUUAUAUGCAUACACUACAUUUAUGCAAAACUUUUCUAGUUAAGCUUUUUAUAAAAAGACACCUAAUUAUUCAUUUUACAGCAUUAUGCCAUUAUACUAUACACAGUGCAUUUGGCGGUUUCUUCAGUUUGAAGGGAAUUGCCUUCAAUCAAGCAGAUUGAUACAAAUUUCCACAAGUUUAUCUACAAACCAUGCAGACCAUGUUUUUGGCUUUAUUUGAGAGGACAUGAACGUAGGCAAAGGAGGUAACAUACAGUAAAUACAGUAAUGACGCUGCAGGGUUGUCCACUUGAGUCCUGACCUCCAUGUACAGUGCGUGCAGGUUGACCACUGAACUAGCAGAGCCCUUAUUAUAAAGAAUCUAACCUUUUUUCAGAUGUAAGGUAUUACAUAUACACUUAAUAACUGAGACCUGAUAUCGCAGCAUUUGCUGUGGUGUGUCCAGAGAACAGGGGUGCCCUGAAGGGUGGCCGGGGGGCAUGGGCCACGGUUGGCUAUUUGCCUUGUCAGAGGCAGGAUUAUGUUUAUAUCAACUAUUUGUAUGUUGUACCACAUUUCUUUUGUCAAUACCUUAAAUUUUGACUAUAGGCAUAACAUUAACUUUUUUAGUUCUCCAUAAAUGAAGCUUGGCAGAUUCAGAUGUUUCCACUCUGUCAUUUAAGUGUAUUAGAAAGGUCAUCAAAUUCCCUGUAUUUUCAGUAUAGCAAGCCAUUAGUGGUCAACAGUUUACUCAAAUAAGUUUGCCAUCUUUGCAGUGGACUACCAUUCUGAAACAGCUCUAAUUUACUCACAGUCUUGGCAGUGUUUCUUACACACAGACAAUACCAUGGCAGGCCACCUGGGUAUAUUUGCAGACAAUUCAAGCAGUUCUCUCUUUUUUAUCUUCCGUUUAUGAUUGUCUUAUACGAUGAAUGCACUUACAGUUUGUAUCUCAUUGAUGCAGAUAGAAAGAGUACAUGAAUAUUACUCAUGCACACAUGCCACCCUGCAGAAGUCAGUUUAAGGUGGGCCACCCCAAUUAGAGAAAGUCUGGAUCUGGCCUUGGCAGGAACCUCAUCCGGGAGUCCUUGUUUUUUAAAAAUGUUGCUACAAUUAAGGUCAACAAGAAUAAAUGUACACAAUUUGAGCAAUAAAUAUAUAUAUUUUUUAAUUUAAAAUAAAUAGUAAAAGAUAAUAUUUUUAAUACUGCAUGAGAUCUGCAACUUGCACUACAAUGCAACACUGAAACAAGAUAUUUGAGAUGGGUUCAAUAAAAAUAAAUAACUCUGAGCUUUUGUUGAUCUUCUGUGUUGAGUUGCAUCAGACAGCUGCUCAAAAUUUUCUGCACGGCUUCACAUUAGAGUCAAAAAUGAUGCAACUGGGGCUCUGAAGGAGACUCACAUAUCUGCAGGCAAACUGAGUUUUGGUGACUCGUUCUGCUUUGAUGAUGACAUUCAGAAACUUUUCAUGACAGAAAAGUUUUGAUCAAAAGAGACAGAGGGCAAGUCAAGUACAAUCUCCUGUGAACUGAACUGCAGAUAUGAAUGUUUACAGUGCUGUAAAUAACAGGCAGUGAUCAGUGUGUUGAUGGUCAGUGUUAUUGAAGGUGGAAACAGUGUCAGUCAGCGUGAAUAUAAAAAUUAUUAGUAUAUUCUAUAUAGAGUAUAUUCUUACAUACUGUUAACACUGAACACACGCGGACUCAUUUCUGAGAAAGAAAACCCUCUUAAACUCUGGAUCUCAUGUAUCAUUUUCAAAGUGAAUUAUCUCCAGGAUCAUCUGACUGUAUGUCGCAUUAAGCCUGAAACAAAGAGUCAAUGUGAGAGUAAAGAGGAGCAGUGUCCUUUGGAGAGACUCAUUAGUUUCAUUGGUGUGUCUCUUCCCACCGUUUCUAAUCACACCACCGUCAGCUCAAACUAAAAAGUCACCAGAUGACAUGUCCCUCCUUGUUUUUAAGAGUAGAACAUAUUUAGAUGGGAUGAUGCUGCAGAUGAAUACAUAACUAAAAUUUUAACGGGAUACAUUCAGCAGCCAGGGCUUCCAAAUCCUCGACAGCACAUAGUAAAAAAAGAAAGACUAGAAAACUGAAAGAGCCAUGAAUGCUGAGAAAUGAGCAUCUUCUGUACAUUUGACAUGUAGCUGUUGAACUGCCACUCUCAUCUACACAUUAAGAAUAUGUUUACUUACAUCAUAUCUAUGCACAUGAUCUGCUUUAAUAUAGUAGUUCUGCUUUUAAGCCAAGCGUGUCACUAAUCGAAAACCUCUCCCAUGUCUGUAGGCUAUUACCAAACACAACAAAACAAGGCAGCUGACAGGGGCUAGCGUGUCUCUAACCUGGCUAACAGAUCAACAACUUGUGUUAAGUUGCAGUUACAACAGUUUCACCUGACUUGUGUGAGUGUCCCAGUUUACAAAGAUAGAGAUUUACUGACAAGAGUAUAUCUGUUACAGCUGCAGUGAGUGGUGAUAAGUUUUUAAUGGUCUUUUUUCCAGUUGACCUGUUAGAUCACAUACUAAAACAAUCAACAAACAAGUUAGCUAAGAGGCUAAAGCCAAGGCUAAGCCAGUUUGAGGCAGAUUGGGGUGGGUGUACACAUGCAAGAACAAAUUAAGUACCAAUCAGAGUUAGUUCAACCAAAACUCACAAUACCUCAACCCGUUAUAUUUAGGAUUUUUGAUUGCAUGGUCCUGAAAACAUAAAAAGCAAUCAAUAUCUUAUAAUAUACAGUCAACUUAAGGCUUCAAAUUAGUAGUUUUUACUGUUUUCCAACAGAUUGCACCAUUUACUCAUUGUCAUCCCUCAGUACACAAACAAAAAUUCUCCUCAUAACCUCUAUGGAUUCUAGUCCAGUUGCUGAGGGCCAACAUAAUGCAAAUUAAAGGGUCACGGGUCAGAAAACAAACAUUGUUUCAUUCAUAAACAGGCCUAAAGUGGGUGAUUUUAAAAAAAAAAUUUAUGAUGUGAUGUAGUAUUGUCAAUACUUGUUAUUUUUGCAACACUUUUCUGGUGUGUUCACUCUUAGGACUUAAUCUUCCAGGUCGAAGGAAGACAGUAGCACCACUGACUGGUCUUAACCGCUACGUAUUGUGACAGCCAUGUGCAGCGAAGAAACCCACCAUGAAUUAAAGAUCAUUUCAAGUUGCUUGUGGCAAGUCAUGGUGGCGUCAUAACGAUGCAUGACCAUGGCAAAGAUUGAGCCAGAUCAUAAGGGCCAUCUUCUGGGUGAAAAGAUUUACAGUAGGGAAGGAAUGCAAGCAAUAAUCACCAUAGGAGCACCGAGCAGACAAGCUACCUUAUGUUUUAAUUUCUCCAAUGAUCUUUGCUUUGUUUUUAUUAUCUCAGGAUGGCCAAGCUUUCUUUUCUUAUGGAAACAGGCUAAUUGUCCAGCAGAGUAGGGAGGAUAACAUACUAGAUCACAACAUACCAUGCUGCCAUUGCUCACACCAACAACGUAGCCAAGCCAAUCUACAUGUUUGUUUUUUGCUUUUGCAACUGUGGGGAUAGAGGUUGAUAUCAUCUGAGGUGAAGUUGGGAUCCAGAGAUUAAAAACUGAAAUUUGUACUUGUUAUCACAGGAACAUGGAGAUAGUAAAUCAUAUAUAUCUUUGUCUUUUUGAAGCCGCAGAAGCUGGGUCCAUUUCUUCUCUCUCACUGGUGCAUUCAUAAAUUGACCAAAGUCCUUAUGGUUGAAAACAACAAUACAGAUGAUGUCGUGGUAACACCUUCUCUCCAAUUGGUCACUAGAUGACAGUUUUUUUCUGUUUCUAAGCCACUAUGGCCUCCAUAAUAGGGAAAUCAAGACAAUGAUUAACUGUGAGAGUUUGAGGUCAUGAGCAGCACAAACAGAGCGGAUGCAAAACAACACACCUGCUUUGUUAAGGUCAUAAAUCUGGACUUACUUCUACAGCACUAAUGUCAAUUUUCACUGUGAGGGGGAUUACUGCUAGAAAACUUAAGACUAGAACAAUUAGUUCUGCAUCUGUGCUGGAGGAAUCUUGUAGCAUUAAUUAGAUAACAGUGAAAAAAAGGAAAAUAAAAAAGUGAAUGAAAGUUUUUGUCAUGAGGAGUUAGCGUGGCUCCCUGAUAAUUUGGCCGUGAAUUUCCCCUGAAGAGUAGAGCGGUAGGGUCUUAAAAUACUGAUCAAACACAGAUAAAAUCAGUGAGGGGAGAAGAUUUGUUAUUUAAGAGGCCACAAUGCUCACCAUGUGCUGCAAAACAAACCAGGCUUUACUCUCGACGGUGACCUGUAGUGCCCUGUAUUAUCUGCACCUCACUCUGCUCUGAGCCAGUGAGGGUGAGAUACAGUAUCUUAUCUGGUCAUUACUUCUGAUACUCCAGAGAAAAGUCACUCAGUUUCAUGGAGGGGUGACAAACCUAAAGUUCCUUUUGUUAGAGAAAAAUAUAUAUACUCUAUCAAUCACUGAAUAUCACCUCGGUUCAGGGUAAACUGUGAAACACAACUUUAAACAGUAAUAUGGGGAUAACAUCUGGGCUUCAUCGGGGAAAGGUAUCAUCUGGAUACGAAUGAUAUGAAUUACAAAAUUCUCUUUUUAUCUUUUGGGAUCAUGAUAAUCCUGCUCAUGUUUGAUAAAAUAAAUCAGGAUCAACAGAUUUUGGAGGAUUACCAUCUCUGGAUCAACCAAAAACCAAACUACAGACUUCUAUCCUCAGGGGUGCUUGAAUCUGCAAAAACUAAAAGAUCCUCUCAUUUGCUUUUAAUUCAAUGUGAUGUUUUUAUCGAUGCCACUAAAACCUUAAUUCUACCUUAAUUUUCUAAGACGCAAAAAAGAAAAUGAAAAGAGGAAAAUUUCAUAAAAAUUCGUACGUAUCCAAGCUACUGUAAUGAGGUUUUUUUUUUCAAGUUUUAUUUCAACCCUAACACCAAGGGAGUUGGUUUGUGCUUUUAAUGUUGACCAGAAAAAACAAAAGAAUUUCAGAGGUUUAGAAAUAAUCGUAACCUCAUAUUUGAUUAAAAGUAGAGCAAAACAACAUAUCUGGGCUUAAAACUGAUAAUAUCAUAUUAAUUUGUGAAAAAUAUGAACUAAUUUUAAAUUUAGAGAAUUUUAAAACUCACAUUUUACAUCACCCUGUGUUCACAUGGGAUUCGAGAGCAUCUUUUAGCCUAUGCAGUGAUUUCUACUACAGAGUUAUGUCUGUUUUUAGUUUGGUUCCACUUCAAGAUCACUGGCAUUCAGUAUUAAUUAACACUCAGCCUUUGACUUAUUUAAAUAUUGAUUACUGUUCCAGUGUUUUGUUGUUCUCAAAGCAACUUUUUCGAAAUAUGUUACUGGUGUCAAAUAUAAAACAAGCAUAUAUAUUUUCCAUGACACACUAAUUUGUUUCAGUUUCAACAUGUGUUGUGAUGUCUUUGUAGUAUUAUUGAUUAAAUAUGUGGUUUAAAUGUUUCUCAAUCAUCAAAAUCUGAUUCCAUCAAUCAUUUACUCACUGUCACAACUCUUUAUAAUGUUAGGGUUAUACAUUAUGUUCCCAUAAUCUAGUCUGAAUCCAGCCCUACACUUGGAUUAAGACCAUCUUUUUUUUUUUUUCUCUUGCCCAGUCAAACCCCAAUCCUCCGAAGGAGCUCUGAGAAAUAGAAACAGGUGUAUUUGUCUGGUUAAAAAAAAAAAAAAAAAAGGGUAACUUGAUCCUGUCCAAAAAGUUUAAUCUGAUCAGACUGUUUUUCAACAACUGGGCCCAGUAGUCUGUCCUGAGAGUGUGAGUUAAGGUCUGGAGAACAUAGACUGUCUUACAGUGGAAGGACGUCCUCUCUGCAGGUCCAUCAGUUUCCUCUUCUCUUGGUUAUUUUGCUGUCCUUGAGCUCUAUUGCACGUGAUUCAAAAACACAACCUUAGUGUUUGGUGAUCCCUGAGUUCAUUUUGACCUCUCAAAGAUAAGACCUGUCCUUUCACUACUAUGAGUGACCACAGUCCCCUGUAAUCAAUACCUCCUCACUUAUAGGGCUACAAAAUAUAAUAAUGCUCUUUAUCCUUCUUAACAUGCCCUGAAAUAUUCCUUUAAUUUCAUCCCAAAAUACAACCAAAAUUUAUAAUGUUAAAACCAUUACUGUAGAGCAGACAAAUAACUGAUUGGGCUUAAAUCAAUUUAUUGGACUUUGGUCAAUUUAUGAAUGCACCAGUGAGAGAGAAGAAAUGGACCCAGCUUCUAUGGCUUCAAAAAGACAAAGAUAUAUAUGAUUUACUAUCUCCAUGUUCCUGUGAUAACAAGUACAAAUUUCAGUUUUUAAUCUCUUGGACAGUAAACAACAACAACAACAACAACAACAAAAGUGUGGUACUAGCAAAGUGAAAAUUUAGUCUAAGCUAUCAGAAAUAUCAGUAAUUGGUAAUCCUUAAAUACAUUCCAAGGAUGUAAUUUAUUUACUUUAUUUUAUUCAAUGGUUUAAUACCCACUUUAAUGAAAAUCAUGUUUUUCUUCUUUUUUUUUUAACUUGUUAGAUGGCAUUUUUCUGAUGCUACAGAACAUAUCAUGACAAAACAAAGUGCAAAAUAGCAUUUCUGAGUAUUUCUGCAUUCAAAUUGCUGUGAAUUUCUGGCAGAGACCCAAACAGCAGGCUCAAACGCAGUGAGAUUUCCUACAUCACAAAUCCAAGAUGAUAACACUUAGUAAAAAAAAUAGUAAAAAAAGAAACAAUCGGAGCAGGAUUUUAAAGAGCAUGGAAAAAGUUGUUUUUGCUGAAAAGCCUCAGUUACUCCUUGGUGUUUCAGUGUGAAGGGGACCACAUUGGUCCUUCUGCUCUUGUUUGUUCUGAUAAAUCUGUUGUAUUGACAAGGUUUUUUAUUGAUUGGGCUGAGCUUGUCAGAGCUGAAUAAGCCACGUCUCCUUUUUAGGCUAAAGGCUACAUUAGUUGUUACACUGUAACCUCUCAUCUGUUCACAUAGAAUCAGAAACACUUCAAAACUGCUCCAGUGGGAAAAUCCACAUAAAAACUCUGACAACAUCUUAAAUGGUCUGAGAAAAUUUAGAUACAGUUUCUUAUGUCUGCUAACUUGACGUCACACGACACAGGAACACAUCAGAGGAAGGUUUGUGUUGGUUUGAUAGUACAAAGUUUUUAUUGGCUGUAUGUCAAUUUAUGGCUUUUUCAGAACUUUUAACAAGGUUUUAGUUAUGACCUUUAAAUGAUGUCCACAUGGAGUACUCUGAAAAGUCUGAAUGGUUAUACAAAACAUCCUCUGAGUCUUUUCAGAUUAUGACUUCAGACUCAUGAGCAUGAGCAGGCAAAAAUAAGUUUAAAACCUGGGAGUACUGGCCAUCCUCAAAGCAUGGGAAAGUGUUGAAAAAAAAAAAAUGAUAUCCUUUAAAUCCUGCAUUAUGACUCAGGAGAUGUCAUAUGUGUAAAUCUAUUUAUCAGCGAGAAAACUAGUAACAUUCAAAACUUGCCCAGCAGCAGCUAAAGUAAAUGAAGUAGAGCAAAAUGGUGUAGAAGAUUACAGCAUAUAUGAAGGAUUUAAUUGCUUAAAAGCUCACAUGAACCUCAGUGACAUGUCCAAUGUCAACUCUUCAUAUCAGUCUGCAUACACAGACUUCUAUUUUUGUGUGUUUGUUUUUUGCAGUAGAGGCACAGUGACUAACGCUGUAUUGAUCCAUUGUUUGGGCUUCAACUGAGGAUAGAGAGGAACCGAGUGCUCACGUGAACCUUAUACACCAAAUCUAUCAAUUGUUGAAUUUCUAAUACAAAAUAAGGCUUUUCUUAAUGAAUAACAGAGAAUAAUUGGAUUUAGAUCAUUCAAUAAGUGAAAAAAAUUAGCAGAUCUGUUUAAAUGAGAACCCCUAUAUAAGGUAAAUGAUGAAUAAAAGAAAGAUAAUGUAAAACUGAAAAAAAAGAGUUUUCUCUAGUUUUUAUUUGAGGUUGGUUCCCAUAAAAAUGACCAUGUUUACAACCUGGCACAAGAAAUGGUUUUGGAAUUUUUACCCAACUUCUUUAAUUCCAUUGUCUGUUUGCAGUAAAAUUUCACCAAUUAUGUGUUGGAGUCCAAAUGUAUGAUCCUCAAACCAACUCAAUAAAGGCUCAAAUUAUGAUCAAAAUACAUUCAGUUUGACUCUUCCUCUAACUCGACUCAAAGGAGAUUGAAGCCAAUCAUUACUUAGUAAAUAAUCUUAAUCCCAUUAUUCUCUGAGUAAAAGUUCAUCAACGUCAUUUCUUUUUCUUUUUAACAACACUAUUUUUCCUUUUUUUCCAAAGCUGGUGAAGACCACUGACCUGGAUCCCAGGCAUAACUACGUCCUGGGUUUCCAUCCUCAUGGUGUUCUGGUGGCCGGAGCCUUCACCAACUUCUGCACCUACGCCACAGGCCUACGACAGCUGUUCCCUGGACUCACCACCUACCUGCUUAUGCUGCCUCUUUGGUUCAGAGCCCCCUUCUUCAGAGACUACAUCAUGUGUGCAGGUGUGAAACUGAAUGAGAGUUUUUCUGUCUAACAAAUUAAACCAAGUUAACAAAGUAAAAAGUAUAUUCUUAUCAAAGAUGAGACUGACCAACUCUUGUGCCAUAGUCACCCUUGAAUGAAGCAAAAGCCAGAACUAAUAACAUCACCACCACUUAGGGCUCUAUCUUCUUGUACACCUGGGACGUGGCGGAGGGUGGUGGACUCGCGCACUUGUAUUUUCAUCUGACGGAGCCCGGCGUACAGCCAGUUUGGUAUUUUUGUGGACUGAGGCACACCGAGUUCCACCAAGCUGGGCGUGGUGGCGUGGCAGGGGGAGGUGUCGACAGAAUCAGCGGGUGCAGUGAUAUUUUCGUGCUCGCCGCAGGCGUAUAAAGUGCGCUGAAAGCUCGCCGAUGCAAACUUGGUCAGCUUUCAGCGCAGGCUGAGUUCAGCUGGUCUAGUGGUAUUUUGGUAGACCGGCGGCAUAUCGGCAUACAUCACAGAUGCCUCAACGGCAGAUUUCCAGUGUCAGGCACAUUUCAGCGCUAUAAAUAAUUGACAACAAAUAAUAAUCUGACUCAGCACAUACAUUUAGAUCUAUAUCGAUAUAUUCUGAUCUAUAUCUAAUCUGAUGAGUGCAUUUGGCACGCAUUUGGAUACUCAACCUGACCGAAUCAACACAGCUGAAACCGCAUUAAAUUUAAUAUCUAGUAAAUAAACACACAUGAUGAAGUUAACAAGAUAUGUAAUUUGUCUCCCUCCUUUUCUUUCUUCCUCUUAUUUCUCGCACAGCUAGACCUGGACACAUCUCUGUGUCCUCUCCCCGUCCUGCUGCUGCAGCGGCUGAACAGAUGAUUUGUUUCAGUGAUCAGAUGAGUUAUUUACUUUAAGCCUACAUACAUAUACAUAAGCCUACAUAUUAUAAUAUUCAGUUUUGUGGGCCAAAUUUAUUUUAUAUGCCAACAUCUAUGAAAGAAAGAGCCAGGCCACGGAGCGCGAUGCAUCAUUUACGCACAGAUGGUUCCGAUUUUAAUGCCAUUAUUGGAAUUUAUGAUGUGAUCUUUGCGCUCAACCCACCUUUGUCACGUGAGUUUUGAAUAUGAGCAACUUUAUGUGAGUGUCUUUAUUUGUGGAAAAGGGUGUUUGUCUUACUAGUGGGUUCAACAUUACGCACACCAAAUCCAUCUGUGCUUAUAUGAGAGAGUGUGGAGGACGCCCAAUGCAGUGCUUACAGUGACACUUGUUGAGGGGCUGCAUUUUGUCGCCAUCGUGUGGCUUAAGACAUGUCUUGAUCUCUUUUACUACUCCACGAAGAUUGUAAUACGCCUUGCCGAUGGCGGAUUUAAAGGCGAGGAGAGGAGCUGAUGUUAUUGGUCAAUACAGGUCUCGGCUGUGUUAAACCCACUCCCAGCCUCUAUCCUCCCUCCCUAUGACUUACGCCGCUGGGAGGAGCUGAGUUAGGGAGGGGGUAUACUUAUGCCGGGCUGCGCCUCUCACCAAAAUACCAAAUUGUGCUUGGGAACGCCUUGUCGGCGCGGCAGACCUGACUUACACCGCGUCGCCGGCAAGGCACGAAAAUAGAGCCCUUAAAGUUUAAGUUUCUCAGCAGUGCUGUGUAGCUGAGCUGUUGCCUGGAUUGCAGGACAGGGUGUUACUCAUUAUUGGAAUAGUUGGGUCCAGUUGCUCCUUUUUCAAAACCCCCCCAAAAAAAAAAAAAAAAAAAAAAAAAAAACAUUUUUUGGGGUUGCCACAGAGUCAUCUGUGAUCAACAGAGGUGAAUUGUGCUGCUCUCCUUUAUAGGUAUUGAUCUGAUAUGACAGGUUUGAUCAGGUAUCAGGUGACCAUAGAUGUCUUUGAAAUCUUUUGUUCAUCAAAUAAAAGGCACAUAAGGAGGUACUUUUGAUGCAUCACUACCUUUUGUGUGUGUCGUGUUGUGUUGUGUUUGGUUAGUAGGAAAAAUAACAGGAUGAAGUUCAUGUAAACUUAAUGUAUUUGCUCAAUUGUUGAAUAUAAAAUAUAGGAAGCACAAAAUAUACCAUCUGCAAUCUUUUUUCGUUGUUUUUUAGGCACAAAAUCAUUUUUUAAAAAAAGGUAAAAGGUAUGGUGUUGGCUAAGAUAGUAAGUGAGUGUUGAUACCUGGACUCACAAGGCAAAUGAGCAUUGACAGCACGGGUCAAAGGCAGCUUUCUGACUGCGAGCCACAUAAUAUGAGCAAACAUCAUGUGGCCAUCAAUGUGGCCCUGACAUAAAACUGACAUAUACACUGAAUGGUGUAUUUUAUCAUAUCCCUGAUCAUUUGUCAUCACAACCCUGCAGGUCUGAUCCCCUCAGAUAAAGAGAGUGCCAGUUAUCCACUACAUAGGAACAAAGGAGGCCAUGCUGUUGCAAUUGCUGUUGGUGGUGCCCCAGAGGCCCUGGAUGCCCACCCUGGCACGUUCAAUGUCCUCUUGGCAAAGAAGAAAGGCUUCAUCAAAAUGGCCAUGGAGCACGGGUAAGAUCAAAUAUUUAACCUUCUGUUAAAUACAGCUUGUGUUAAAUGUUGCAACAUUACAUUUUCAUGUCAGGAUUGUUGCUGCCCCCCAAAUUAUGAUGAUAAUACUAUUAAGCAAUUUAUGGGAAUUUUUGAGAGAAACAAUGAUCAGUAAAAUUCAGAAAGGGUAAGACAAGAGUGGUGUGUUAUUUCUCUAUAAACUUUACUAAUAAUAUAUCUGACUUGCUUGCAAAAAAUCAUCCAUCUCUAAUGAUGUUCAAAGUCAUUUAAUAAGCUCUGUCACAGAAACUUCUUUAUAAAAAAAAAACAAAAAAAAAACUCAUCAUCUUCUCAUCAUGUGAGCCUAUAUUACAUGUUAUCAACAAACACCCUAUUUAUUUGAUAAAACCUCCAAAAACUCUCAUGUAGAGAGGACACUCGCAUCUUUUUGCAACAUCAGAUUAAAAAGUGUUAGCUAGCUAAGUUGUUGCUGCUGUUCCUGCAGUUUCAUUUCAUGUUAUGACGGACUGUAACCGUUGUAAAGAAAUGCCACUGCUCCUUUCUAUGACCCAGUAUUGAACAAUAAAACAACUCCAUUUGAUCAAUUUAACAACACUUUUUGUCAUAAAUCUGUUUUCAGGGCUCACCUGGUGCCAGUCUUCUCUUUCGGAGAGAAUGAAGUGUUUGAUCAGGUGGACAACUCACGGGGUACCUGGUUAAGAUGGACACAGGAACAUCUGCAAAGCAUCAUGGGUAUCUCUCUGCCUCUUUUCCAUGCUCGUGGUAUCUUCCAGUAUUCCUUCGGUCUCAUGCCCUACAGAAAACCCAUCCACACAAUAGGUCAGUAAACAUUAUGCUUAUUUAUCAAAGUACAGUACAGACUGCGGUGAGUGAGAGUGCUGACAGUUUCUCUACUGAUUCAUUCACUGUGUUGAUGCUGUGUAACUGGGUCAUAAUCAAGCUCAAGUCAAGUUGAUUUGUGAAGCACAUUUCAUGUAAACAAGCAUCAAAUGUGCUUUACAUAACUCAAUACGAGUGACCCCUGCAGGGUUUUAACCUCAGCCUGAGAGAUCUUUGUCAUUUCACUAAUGUGUCAGUUAAGUGAGUAGGACUAAAUGUAUGUCAAUAUAGCAAACCCUACCGCCAGUCCCCUCUGAUGCCUUUUGGCCUCAAAAACAUCAAGAUAUUAAAGUCUAUCCUAUGGGGUAUCUAGGUUUCACUUUUGUACAACAGCAGCAGCCGAAGAGCUCCAGUCCAUUAUUCAUGUCUGGUUGUGAAGUUGCCUUGAUGAGAGCCUCUCCUUCACAGGCUGUCCUGCUGUGAAAGAAAACAUUUUCUUGUCAAUCUUUUUUUUCCCCAAACUUACCAUGUGUGAGAAUAUGUGGAUGAUAAUAGUUAAACUUUUUAUAAAUGAGACUCAAAGUAUUUAAAACAACCAUUCAGCUAUACUGAAGGAGAUUAAAACUAGUAAUGAGCACAACAAAGUCAUUGAGAAAAUAAUUAGUAAGGCAGUUUCUUACUUAGGAUUAAAACCAUUUUUUCUUAUAUAUAUCUGUGUACAGGUAACCAGUUGAGUCGCCCCUUUCUAGACAGUUUAAACUAUAUACGUUUCAGGCACUUCUGACCCGGUUUAAGAUUUGAAUCCAAAAGGCUACCUACACUUAUUUGAUCCAGUCUGUAAUGCCUGUAAGUCGACAAAAACCUUUGGUACAGUAUCACCACUCAUGUGUUUCUUCACCCGCUGUUGAUUUUGGCAGAAAGCAUCUAAAGACACAUAGUUGCCAAAAAGAGUUUGUGUGAACGUGAACAAUAUCAGACUGAUAAAGAGCAGGAUUUGUCAACCAGCUGAGAUGAUGCCCAGUCUGCUGCACACUCAGCAACAGUGAAAUCAGUAGCUGAUUGGCCUGUAAGACCAUCAUGCUCUGGAUCAACAAACCGAUAAAGUUGCAUCAAACAGACAACAUUAGAAAUCAGAAAGUAAACUGACUGAGUGUGUUAUCCUUCACCUCUUCACCUCUCUGCAGUGGGGCGGCCGAUCAGAGUGGAGAAGAACGAAAAGCCGACAGCAGAGCAACUCGAUGGCCUCCAUCAGCUCUACAUGGACGAGCUCAGCAACCUGUUUGAGGAGCACAAAGGAAACUACGGAGUGGACAAGGACACACAUCUGAACUUUGUCUAAAUGGACUAACAACUGAAGGAUUCAAGUGCAUAUUUAUUUUUAAAGCUGUGGUGGUCAGACCAAGAUCAUUUUAGCCUCUGAUAAACACUGUACGCUCUACUCUGCUAACAACAACCAUCAUUUACAAAUAAAUAAACUGUAACCGGUUAUAUACACCAUACAACAACUCUCAUUUUACCAGCUACUGUAACGAUCACAGACGACUAAAAUCCAGAGGCAUCAUCUGAUAUUUCAAUGAAAAAACAAUCAAUCAAUAUGCUGAUGCUAGCUGAGUUUCAACAGCAAAAUUUUGCAUUUGACUAAUUCCUACAUCCUAACACUGUUUGCUAACUGAUGUUAUAAGCUUAGGUCUAAGUCCAUGCAUAUUCAGGUAUUUGAGCUUCUCUGUGAGAACUUAUUAGUCUAUAAAGUCAAACUCUACAUGGUGGCAUGUCUUAUUUAGCAUCUUCUUGGGCAAUAACAGUGUUCUUUAAAUUAUCUUUGCUCUGGUGAAUGUCAAAAAUACUGAACAUGAUAAAGUUAUUAGAUUGCAUCAAUGUGUGAUGAUCAAGUAAAGCUAGCUUGUAAGCAUGCAAUUAAACCUUAUGGUACAAUCGUUAAGCUGCCAUCUUGGUAUAUACAUAUCAUAUCCACUCACUGAAACUUUGCUGUUUCUUCCAUCAACUUGUGUAGAGAAAUAAUCUGAGGAAGCACUAACUAAAGAUUUUUUUUCAUGAGGGAUGUCCGUGCAGGGCAGUGCGUUUUGUGAAAGAUGUGCUUCUUUCUCAAACAGAGUCAAAGGUUGGUUCAGAUUGCAGCAUCAGAUUCAGACACUGUCAUGAAACAUCAGUAAUUUCAACAUACUGUAACUUUCCAAAUACUUUUUACAUGGACAAUAAAAAUCUUGCAUACACUACAAAA